AUGAAACAUCAUUUAGCUCGAACUAGAAAAGAUGUUGCAUUAUGUGAAAAGGUUCCACGAGAUGUGUCAACAAAGUUUCUAAAGAUUCUUGAAAAUUUGAGGGAGAGAAAAUCUGUGGAUGAUGAUAUUGUUGAUUUAAGUUGUUUUGAUGAAGAAAAUGAUGACAACGAUAAGAAGUUCAAUGGUACAGGAAAGGGGAAAAAACAAGUCACUAUGAAUUCUUUCACUAAAGAUAGGGCAGUGCCAUAUGACGAAUGGAUAACUGAAGUAGAAGACUCAUGUCUUCCAGAAGAUGAUUCUUGGUUGGACAUUCAUGAAUGCUUUUCUGAAAGUGAAAGUAGCAAGAAUGCCAAGAAAAGAAAAAGAGGACCAAAGGAUCUUCAACAUGACAGGAGUAAUAAAAAUAGUGUAAUUAUUGAAGAAGAUGAAUUUCUACAAGAAAUUGAAAGUGAUAGUAGAAGGAAGACCAGAAUCUUUUAA